AUGGUACGAAGUCUACUGUCCGCCGCCUUUGCGGCAACAAUAUUCGCAGGCACAGCGCUUGCUGGAGCAAAAUGUUCAAAAGAUAGCCACUGUCCUCAGGAUACUCCCUGUUGCUCUCUAUAUGGCGACUGCGGUGUCGGCGCUUUCUGCCUCGGUGGCUGCGAUCCCCUCAUGUCACACUCGUUCGACUCAUGCGUUCCCGGUCCCGUAUGCAAAUCUGGAAAAUACUCGCUAGACAGUCUGGACGAUGUGCAGACCAUCGACAAGUACUUGGGAGAUGCGUCCAAGAUCAACUGGCAGUCGCAGGGCAUGCCCACCAUAUACACAGACCCCAAGACCAAGGAGAAGUCGACUCUCUUGACUAUGGCACAGGGGACUGUUGGAACACUGUUGGCAUCUACCUACUACGUUUGGUACGGCAAGAUCUGCUCCAAGCUUAGCACAGCGCAGGGCAAGGGUGUAGUCACCGCCUUCAUUCUUAUGUCGGAUGUCAAGGACGAGAUUGAUUUCGAGUGGGUUGGUGUAGACACAAGCCACGUGCAGUCCAACUUCUACUCGCAGGGAGUGACAGUGUAUACGAACGGUGAAAACCUUACUGUACCGGACGCCAAUACUGUCGAAACCAUGCACGAAUACUGCGUUGACUGGAAGGAAGACACUCUCACGUGGUCUAUCAACGGCAAAAAUCAACGCACACUGGAGCGCGACUCGACAUGGAACAAGACAUCCGGCCGCUACGACUACCCCCAAACACCUGCGCGCAUCAUGCUUUCUCUCUGGCCCGCCGGUCUCCCCACAAAUGAAAAGGGAACAAUCGACUGGGCUGGCGGAGAAAUCGACUGGAACUCGCCCUACAUGACCAACGGAUACUACGCCGCCCGCUUCCAGGAAGUCACCGUCGAGUGCUACGACCCACCAGAGGGCGCACAAAUCAAGGGCAAGAAGACAUACAAGUACACGGAUGAGGCUGGUACUAACAACACCGUUGCCAUCACGGACGACGUAGUGGUUCUCGGCUCACUCAUGGGCACGGGCGAGAACCCAGGUGAAGCCAAGGACAAAGACGACUCAAAGGCUACGGAUAUUGCCAUGGUACCUGGUGGUAACCCUGGAGGUGGUGCCGGGCGAGAAGUCGAACAGACGGCAUCGGUUGUACAACCAAACUCCCCCGCUGCCGAGACUGGUUCUUCUGUUGGUGGUGGUGUUACCGCUGAAGGCCAGUUCGUUCAAGGUGGCUCUGGUAGCACUGGUGCUGGAUCCGUUGUUCAGCCUGGUCUGGGUCGUAUGGGUGGAUCCAUCUUCGCUAUCAUUGUCGCUAUCAUGGGGUUGAUUGCGUUGUAA